GGUCUGUGCUUUGCUUCCGCCGGCGUCUCGCGACAUUUUCUCCUUUCCCGUCUUUCUCUCCCAUUUUCAUCUGACUUCGUACCCUUCUUACUCACGCCUCACGCAAUGGACGGUCCCUCCUCUUCUGAUCUUAUCAGUCGAUUCGCCGACGUCCAGCGAUCCCUCCAAGAAGCCAAUGCUGAAGCAUCACGCUACAAGUCCCUCUACGAGGAUGCAGUCUCCCAGUCCGCUGCGUUGAGGAGGCGCGUAGAUGAGCUGGAAGGGCGAUUGGCACGAUUGGGAGGUGAAGUCAGCGAGGGGACGGGGUUGAGCUUUGGCGGACCUUUCGCGACCAACGGUGACGGAGCAGGAGUGACCGGAUCAGAGGGAGCAGCAGACAUCAACCUGGGCCUAGCGGAUCCGCAGCGUCAAGCUGUCCAUGAGCAACAGCAGGUCCAGCAGAUGAGGGCGAUGCUGCAGGCUCAUCGUGAACAGGAGCAAAGGGAGAGCGCGAACUCACUACCAGAGGUCAAAGAGCUUCCAACACACAUCUUUUCAGAUGAGGACCGCGCCGCUCUCGCUAAUCAUGUGGCCGAACUAGAAGGUCAUGAGGGGGAGGAAGAGCAGACAAGGGAGCUGGAUGAACCGUCUAGCAGUGCAGCAGCUUGGAUUGACGCGGGGAUGCCCGCCGAGGAGUAUGCUGGGCUAGAGCAGCCAGAUGGAACCGCUACCUAUACCACUAGCGGGGUCCCGCGAUCCGACGAUGCGUCGCUUGACUUCGCCGAGUACGCAGACCUCUCACCACCCGCAAGCUAGAUGGACACCAACAUGCACCUGACAUUGCAGCCAUUCGAUUGAAGCACGUCACUGCUCAA